CAAAACAACUUUUUAACCAAAAAAUAACCAAAGCUAAUUGUAAUGAUAAUUCUGACGGAAGGAUGGGCGUGAUAAGGUGGUUUCUUUUUUCAGUGAUGCGUUUAAAUAAUACGAGAUUCGCUAUUCUCUCUCUAAACAGAUAAAAGACUCACGUACUUUUCACUAAUACCUUUUAAUAACCACUUUGAAAAUUGGUGAGGAAACUUGAUCAAGUCUUGCUGACCAGUUUCCAUGUGAAUACAGUUUUUGUGAUUUUGUGAUAUAAACAACUCAUUGGACUAAAUUUAAUCAACAUUAAUCCAACUCUUUAAAGUAAAGUUAAAAGUUUUAGACAAAUCUUUUCAUCCACUUCUUUUCAUCCACUUCGAAGUUUUUUGCUGGCAACUUUUACAUUGGCGCUUUUUUGUUUUCAAAUCAAAAGACUAUUUUGAUUAAACAUCAAUCAACUAUUUAGUUGAUUUGAUUUAUCCGAAGCUUUGGAGCUCAAUGAUGGAUACGAAUGUGUACAAACGAGCUUUCCCUCUUUUCUGGUUCCUUUUACUCAUAGCAUCUGUGAAUACACAAAAAACAAACAUCCUAUUAUGUGUUCCAGAGGAUUUAAUCAAUGAAUGUCAUACAAUGGCUAAUCUUUUUCCAGGUCUGAUAACUUGUAUUUCAGCUAAAGACAAGUUUGCUUGCAUGGGAACAAUUGCUCGAGGUGAAGCCGACACUAUGAAUGUUGAUCCAGAGGAUCUUUACCUGGCUGGAUCGAUAUUUGGACUUGAACCUUUUUUGAUGGAAGAAUAUGAGCGAAGACGUUUCAGGUAUCGAGCAGCUGUCCUUAUACCUAAGAGUUCAGACAUUUCCUCGAUAAAUGAUUUGAAAGGUAAAAAAUCUUGUCACACUGGUUAUGGACGGAAUGCUGGUUGGUACAUGCCGAUGGGACAGUUGAUCUCUGAAAGAGUAAUACAACAAGAUUGUCGAAGUUUACUUCACACGGCUUCCAAUUUUUUCAGUCAAAGUUGCCUUCCAGGUCGAUGGUCUAAAGAUCCACUUGUUGAUAAACACUUAAAACGUCAACAUCCAAAGCUUUGUAAACUCUGCAAGGAUCCAUUCAGUUGUUCCGAUUCAGAUGAAUAUGCUGGUUACGAAGGAGCAAUCAAAUGUCUUCUCGAUGGACGAGGUCAAGUUGCUUUUACAACCAUUGAAGCCACGGUUCAAUUGUUUGGUAAAUUGUCACCUGAUUUGAUCGAGGAAUACCAAUUCUUGUGUCCAAAUGGUGCAAGGGAAAAGAUUAAUUACAAUGCCUGUGAUUGGGGUAAAAGACCAAAUAACGUUUGGGUUAUAAGACCUGAUAGACUACAAGAUCCAAGAAGAGCCCAAGAUCGUAAAUUGUUUUACAAUUUUCUUGAACAAAUACAUUUCCGUAAUAAGGUAACUCCAACUCGUCCAUUCCCUCCUUUAUGGUUUGAUAAAGUCUUCGUUUCAAGUGUUAAUGUGACAAAUAUUGUUAAAAUUGUUGGACCUGGUGGACGAGAUACAAUGACCUAUGGGGAAUAUUUAAGUGAAUAUGUUAAUUCCAUUAACCUUUCAACUGGAUGCAAUAAAAAAAUCAUUCGAUUAUGUACAUCAUCUCAAGCUGAACUAUUUAAAUGUUUAGAUCUUCAAAAAGUGGCUUAUUCUCGACGAAUUACUCCAGAAAUUAGAUGUGAAAAUCCUGGUUAUUCAUUAGAAAGUUGCAUUAAAUCAGUUGCUUCAGGAAAUUCUGAUAUAAUUAGUCUUGAAGCUGGUGACUUUUAUAAAGCAGCAAGAUAUCGAGGACUUAAACCAAUUGCUCGAGAACGUAAGAAUGGUACUAACAUUGCUUCAUAUGCUGUGGCAGUCGUUCGGGUUCCAAGUGAAAUCAACAGUCUCCAAGAUUUAGCGAAUGCUUCAGCUUGUUCAACAGGAUUUGGAGAUAUUUCUGGUUGGAUUUCACCAAUUGGAUCACUUAUUUCCCAAGGAUUGAUACCUCGAGAAACUUGUAGUCGUUCAUCAGAAGUAUCGAGAUUUUUCCGUUCUAUGUGUGUCCCUGGAGCUGGUGAUUAUCGUUAUAAUGUUAAUGUUUCUGGUGCCGAUGUCUUAUGUCGUCUUUGCUCUGGAGAUGGUAAAGGUGGCCAUAUUUGCGAGAAAUCAAGUCUUGAAUUGUACAAUGGGGAAACAGGUGCCUUCCGUUGUUUAGGGGAACGUAAAGGUGAUGUGGCCUUUGUCAGCCAUUCAACUCCACUUCGUUUCACUGACCGCCAUACAUUUAAUUCAAAUGAAUAUUGGGCUACCAGUUUACGAUCAGAUGAUUUUCGAUUGCUCUGUUCUUCAGGUGGACAAGCGCCAAUCAAAGAUUAUGAGAAAUGUCACAUUGCUCAAGUACCUUCAAGAUUUAUUGUCACACGGAAUAACAUCAAUUAUGAAAAUUAUACACAUAUUGUUUCCUUCCUAUCAAGUCUUUCCGAGGUAUUUACGGGUAAAGCUCGUUACUCAUUUAAAUUGUUUGGACAUUAUGAAGGCGAAUCUAAUCUACUUUUUGGUGAUUCAACUGAUUCCAUUGUCGCUUUGGAUGAAGAUGCUGAUUAUACUCAAGAAUUGGGCCAAUUUCUUCCCAUAUUGAAAAACAUGGACCAAAUUGCAUGCGAAAACUCAGCCAUCUUGUUAUCUCAUUCAAAUAGAUUCUUUAUUUAUAUACUUACAUUCAUUUCAAGCUGGUUAAUAUUUGCGCCUUGGAAUUGACUUUUUAAAUUCCAAUAAAUCUUCAAAUUUGAAGGAAUGUGGAAGGAACCGAAUAUGUUUCCCAAAGAGUUACUCGAAGAUUUAGAGUUAAAGACUUAUUAGGAACAAAAUGGAUUCUUUUCCUACAAAUUGGUGUAAAUAAUUGCAAUUGAAAUUACUAUUAUCUUUGUAAAUGCAAUCUUACUUAUCUUCUUGUCUACACUUUUUACCAAAAUGUUGACUGAAAUCAAAAUGAAAAUCUAAAUCAAUAUUUUUUCCCUAUUCAAACCAAUUUUUGCUUUCUUUGUUAUCGUUUUAUUGAAAUCUGAAAUAAACUCUUAUUUUUUGUCGUUA